AUGUCGAACACCGCCCUCACUGUCGUGGCCAGAGAUCCCGCACCGGGUUACUAUGUCACUCACCCGAAUGGCCAGAACUCAUUCUACCACCUUGAUAGCUUUGUGGACCCCUGGCUGCCCGACUCGCAGAAAGAAGUAGUGCUCAUUCAGCACGGAUGCGCACACACGAGCGAAUUCUUCUAUCACUUCGUUCCCCGACUCAGCCGAGACUAUAUUGUCAUUCGCCGCGAUGCCCGCGGUCAUGGACGAUCAUCGUACCCCAAGCGGAUCUCGCCAUGGAGCGACACGGAGAACAACAUCUACGAAGGGGGUUACGACUACACCCCGGCCACCAUCGUCAACGAAAUCGUCGACUUCCUCGACCAGCUGAAGAUCCAGCGCGUGCAUUUCCUGGCCGAGGCGACAUCCGGCGAGAUCGGCACCAUCCUGGCUGCUACGCACCCUGCCCGCGUGGCAUCGCUGGUGACCAUGUCAUCGCCAACUAUGCUGCCUCCCGCGGCGAUUGAUCUCUUUCGCGUGGGCAAAGCUUCCUGGGCGGAGGCCGUCAUGGAGUUGGGGGCCCGCGGGUGGGGCGAAGAGAUGGCCAAACGGCCCGGCACUCUCCCGGUUCACAGAGGCAAAGAGUACAUUCGGUGGUGGUAUGAGCAGGCUGAUAGGAUCCCUAGGGAGGGGUUGGCUGGUUAUGUGAUAUUCCUGUCCAAGCUGACCUCACGGCCCUACCUCCAGGGAGUGAAGUGCCCAAUGCUGAUCCUAGCUCCCACGAACAGCGCUGCUGUGCCCAUGGAGGAGUCACUGUAUGUGCAGUCACAGGUGCCCCAUGCGAAGCUGGUGCCAAUCGACGGCCCAGGGCAUGAGAUCUACUCAGAGCGAGCAGAGGAGUGUCUAGACGCCAUCUGUGCAUUCUACAAAGAGAUUCGAAAACUCGUCUUCGUCAAGGCCAUUGUCAUGACAUAA